UGAUAUUGCUUUUCCUUUGUACUGUAUUCUACAGUCAAUAUAUGGCUAUCAACAAUAAUCUAUUCCACUCUCUCUCUUCGUCACACCUGAGCGAGCCGCGCUGGGGGUGUCCACGCAUGCGCACCACUCUUCCUACGCACUCCCCGCUCAACCGGUGUCGGGAGAAGCUCGUGCCAGUUCUACGGGUAGGUCCGUAGGAGAGGUCUGCGCUUUGUGCGCUGGCAAAUGAUCCGUUUAUUCUCCUGCUAUACCGAACUCCAUUCUCCUCGGUUUGACUAGGAAUAUAUCUGCGCGUGCAUGCCCCGAUUUAACGAAAUGAAAUGAAUAGAACAACAUCCCCAUUCAACUCUAUGAUGGCAUAGUGGGUGGACUGGCGGCCAUUGAAGUAAAAGCAGGAAGUAAAAGCAGGAAGUAAAAACACAGCUGGGAUGCAUGUGAUGAGCGGAAUCUCUCCAGCCAAUGAGAAAAGAGUUUCCAGGAAGUGGAUGCGGUUGAAGUUAUGUCUCUGCCCCCUGCCUCUACAAUUCCCGUCCCUGAUGGCAACAAGACGGGCCCUCCUCCUCCCCCGCCUCCUCCCCCCUGCGGCCCUCCUCCUCCCCCGCCUCCUCCGCCCGGUGUGGGAGACCCCGUAGGCGGGAUAAAGAAGAGGAGGGUCCGGAGUUUCUUCUGGAAACCCAUACCUGAAGACCAGGUGAAGGGGCGGGCCAACCUGUGGACACAGCUUCCUGUGCAGCAGCAGCAGUACUACAUAGACGUCCAGACCAUCGAGGAGCUGUUUAGUCAGACGGACUGUCAAUCAUCUGGGGUUACCUCUGUGACUCGAGGAGGGAAGGCCCGAGGCUCCCUCAGAGAGACCAAAGAUGAGAUCAGUAUCCUGGACUUGAAGAGAGGGAUGAAUGUGGGAAUUUACCUCAAACAGUUCAAGAAGUCCAACCAGGACAUAAUAGAGGAUAUUCGCUAUGGCAACAGUCAGUCAUACGGAGCGGAGCUUCUUAAAGAGCUGCUCAAACUACUACCUGAGACCGAAGAGGUGAAGAAACUUAAAGCGUUCCGAGGCGACCCCUCUAAACUCUCAUUGGCCGAUUCCUUCAUGUUCCUGCUCACCCAAGUGCCCAGUUUCGAGGUGCGUAUCAAGGCCAUGGUUCUUAGAGAAGAGUUUCCCCCAGCCUGUGAGAACAUGAGUCGCGACAUCGAUGCCCUACGAAACGCCACAAAAGAGCUGCUAGGCUGUGAGGAGCUUCAUGCCAUCCUACACCUGGUGCUACAGGCUGGAAACAUCCUCAACGCUGGGGGUUAUGCUGGUAAUGCUGUGGGGUUCAAGCUGUCCUCUCUCCUGUCUCUGGCUGAUACCAAGGCCAACAAACCUGGCAUGAACCUGCUGCACUUUGUAGCUCUGGAAGCACAGAAGAAGGAUGAUAAACUUCUAGAGUUUCCUGGUAAACUUCAGCAUGUCCAGUAUGCAGCACGGAUAUCAGUGGAGAACGUGGAUGCAGAGUUCGAGUCGUUGUCGUCUCGCACGCGCUCAGUAGAGGAGAGCAUCCAGGGAGAGACGGAGCUGCUGCUGCAGCUGGACCACUUCCUACAGAAUUCGACAGCAGCCCUGGUUGAGUUGCGAAGGCAGCGACAGGAGUUAAGGAACGAAGGGAACAUUCUGAUCGACUUCUUCUGCGAAGACAGAGAGUCCUUCAGGCUGGACGAGUGUUUCAAAGUCUUCCAAGACUUCUGCCUGAAGUUUCAGAAAGCAGUCAGGGACAACCUGGAGCGUGAGCUGAAGGAGGAGUCUCAUCGUCGGAUACAGGAGCUCGAGGAGAAACGCCACUCGUGGGCGGGCGGAGAGGAGGUUGGCGGGGUCUUCGGAAUGCGCAGCAGCAGCGAGACGGACAUAGAGGUGGCCCUAUCCCAGGAGGAGGGGCUUAUCGAGCUUCUCAAGUCCCGCCCGUGCUCGCCGCACAGCCCCCAGAAUGCACUGAGGCGUUCCGGAAGCGUCCGCCGUUCUCGCGGCUCUGCAUCUGCCGCGGCUGACCGUCAGCUGACUAGCCUGCUAACUCUAGGCAUCACCUCUGACCUUCAGGUCGUAGGGGGGUCACCGAAUCCCGGGCGCCGACUAUGGAGGGGCGCCGAGCAGCGGGAUUCCUCCCCCAUGAGGUCACCUGAAACUGGGCCGAGGAGUCCCAACAUCUCCCCUCUGACCAGACUUCAGCCUCAGAGACCUGCGGGUCACACUCAACCCCAGAAUCAGCACCCUCAGGUAGACUGGCCCGGUCCACACUCCCCCUCCUCUAGACCCACCUCCUUAGGACCGAGGCACAGUCACCAUAAACCUCAACCUGGCAUCAACUCAAAUCACAGCCCUCAGACAGCAACCGUUGACCACAAACCACAAAGCACAGACCUGAACCAGACCGUUGACCCUGACCACAACCAAUCCAGUGGUCUGACCGUCGACCUUGAACGACACACUCUGGUUCCUAAGCUCCGAGCGUUUGACCUCGUCUUGACCCCACACGGUCACGACCAGGGAGACGUCGUCACCGACACAGACCUGGAGAAAGAGAUUCCCAGAGACUCUAUCCUCACGGAUACACAGAAGAAUCCCCAAGGGCGUCCUGACGGGCGGGAAGAGAGGGAGAGGUCCGACUCUUCCAGACAGCGGGAGGAAGAGGUGGAUGAGAAUGGGAGGAUGGUGGCUGCAGGGAUAGUGAAUGAGGAGCCUUCUGUGGGUGAAGUAGAGGAGAAGAGGGUAGAACGGGAGGAGGAGGAGGGUGUGUCUCGGACAGAGACGUUGACCACAGAUUGUCGUACUGAUCGAUCUCCAUCCACAGCUAUUCUAGACCUCUCGUCACAUGCACAGAGCGGUGUUAACCCCACACACACUGACGAGGCUGAGAGUCCAGCACACCAGGUAUCCGCUUCUUCUAUGGGUGAGUCCCCAGCCAAUAGCAUGCCUUCAGAAUCUCAACCCACCAAUGAGUACUCAGUGCCUGUAUCCACCACUGACCAAUCAGUGCCUGUUUCCUCCGAUGAGUCAUCGGUUCCAGCAGUGUCUACCUCCGCCAAUGAGCUGCCUGCGUCAGUCACCGCUGGUGCCUCUGAUAGGUCAGCCCAGGGUACGAAUCCCAAGACCAGCCAGGUCGCUAAGCCUUCCAGACCCCCCUCGACCACCAGCGGGCGAAAGACUGUCAUCCGCACCCUCAACUCCUCAGAGAACCAGGGCAUGAGGCGUGUGGUCCCUAUCUUCAAGGCCAGUCGAAGUGGCUCGAUCCCGGGUAAACAGGUGGAGAAACCCCCUGGCCACCAGAGCUCUGGUCCACGGACCACCACCACCUCCUCCUCUAACCCAGCCGACCGCUCUCUUAGACGGGCAGAGAGGAGCUCCGCCACACCCCGUCGCAAUAGUCUCCAGGUCGACGACCCCAAAGCCGAGUCUGUGACCACCAGGGGUGUCCACGGCAAUGCCCGAGACCAACCCCAACUUUCCAACCUCCAGAGGAAGCCGUCCUUCCGAAAGCCUCUCCGCCCCGUCGCCCCCAGACCGCCCCCAGAGGAAAAGAUGUGCCGUUCCACCCUCCGAGCCCUCGCCGCCGCCGGUGGGGCUGUUCCAACAGCGGGGGGUGGAGGAGGUAACAGCCUCAGUGCCCCCCCGACCCCCUCCCACCGUGGAGGUGUCCCCGCCCCCCUCCCUGGAUUUGCCCGAAACACAGCCGCUUCCUCUUUCAGACGGACCACACUCGCCCCCCCGGGGAGUACCCUCACCCCCUCUAAGAACUCUCCCCGUUCCUCCCCUGUCCCCUCUCCCGGACCCUCACCCCUCAGCCGGGCGGGGUCGUUGAGACACCACAGGGUGACCCCCGCGGGCCCCCCAGGCACAGACAACCCCAUCAGGAGAACACAAAGUAUCAAAGGACCCCUCCGCGCCCCGACCCCCGACCCCCUGCCCCCACAGACCCUCCCUGACUCGCUGGCGCACCCUAAAGGGCAUGCAGGGAAAAACAGCAGCAGUUUCUCUGACAAGUCCACCCACUACAGAGACUCCAGUAAAGCACUGAAACCCACCUGGAGAUAGAGGCCUAGUUCCAAUACCUACCACAUACUUCCUUUACCCAGGCCUACUUCCAAUACCUACCACAUACUUCCUUUCCCCGGCCUAGUUCCAAUACCUACCACAUACUUCCUUUACCCCGGCCUAGUUCCAAUACCUACCACAUACUUCCUUUACCCCGGCCUAGUUCCAAUACCUACCACAUACUUCCUUUACCCCGGCCUAGUUCCAAUACCUACCACAUACUUCCUUUCCCCGGCCUAGUUCCAAUAUUGACGACAUGUAUCUCUUGUUCCAAUACAAACUACAUGCCACAUGACUUAUCUUAACACUUAUCGUAUGUUCUCCAGAUCUACAGGGUCGAGUCUUUCAAAAUAUAUAGAAAAAUAAUUAAAGGACUUUUAAAGAUGUAAAUUAAGUCUAGAUUUGUAUUUUUUGUGAUCGUGAUUUUAUCUAUCUCUACAUCAUGUUGUCAUUGUAUGUAAGAAACCUUUCUACGUCCCAAAUAGUCCCCCAUAUCAGUUCAUAGUGCACUCCUUUAACCAGGGCCCGUAGGGCUAUAGUGCACAAUGUAGGGAAUAGGGGACCAUUUUGGACAGAGACAUGAGUACGUUUGAUCUAGCUGUGUUUCCUGUUAAAAACCUGUUCCCGAAUGUGUUUGUAUUAGCCAACUCCCCUGAUUAUCAAUUGUCAUGUCCUGGGCCUGAUCUAGGAUCAGUUUAGGCUUCAGCCAACCUGUCCUGGGCCGGUAUUCAUGAAGCCUCUCCUAGUAGUAGUGCUGAUCUAGGAUCAGUUUGUGCUUCAGCCAACAUGUCCUGGGCCUGUAUUCAUGAAGCCUCUCCUAGUAGGAGUGCUGAUCUAGGAUCAGUUUGUGCUUCAGCCAACAUGUCCUGGACCUGUAUUCAUAAAGCCUCUCCUAGUAGUAGUGCUGAUCUAGGAUCAGGUCCCCCUUUUGUUUAUAAUCAAUCACCUUAUUCAUUGGCUGUAUUAAAACAGGCAGACCAAUUCUGAUAUUUUGCCCAGUCAAACGACCAAUUAUUGCCAAAUAGAUCAGAAUUGGGAUGCCUGUGUAAACGCGGCCAUCGUGAUCUAAAAUACCAAACUGAUCCUAGAUCAGCACUACUACUAGGAGAGGCUUCAUGAAUACAGGCCCAGGACAUGUUGGCUGAAGCACUAACUGAUCCUAGAUCACCACUCCUACUAGGAGAGGCUUUAUGAAUAUAGGCCCAGGACAUGUUGGCUGAAGCACUAACUGAUCCUAGAUCAGCACUCCUACUAGGAGAGGCUUCAUGAAUACCGGCCCAGGACAGGUUGGCUGAAGCACAAACUGAUCCUAGAUCAGCACUACUACUAGGAGAGGCUUUAUUAAUACAGGGCCAGGACAGGUUGGCUGAAGCACAAACUGAUCCUAGAUCAGGCCCAGGACAUGUUGGCUGAAGCACAAACUGAUCUGGGACCUGGCUAUAUCAUUUUUUGUAUAUUUGAUUAAUGAUACAAUGAAUAAACGUGUACACUUUAA